GUCUUCUUCCAAAACACAAAGUUUACUGCUUUUUUAUAAUAGACGUACACAAGGAAAAAUAUGGCCUUACCUCGUGCACAGCCAGCAGAAGUAUUAAGAGCUUGGCAAAAAGAUGAUUUCUAUGAAAAACAACUUGCCGGAUUAUUAGGACGAAUAAUGCCUUCUCAGCAUGCACCAAGAGCUGUUCCGAUAUCUUCUCUUCUUUAUAAAUCCUGUACAACACUUAAAGAUCUCCAAACUCUGGGUGAGGAAUACUCAGGAAUAGUUCAAGUGGACGAAACCUAUCACAAAUUACCAACAUUCAGCAAUCGUUUGCUAAGUAUCCUAUUAUCAGCAUUCGGUGAAAAUUUAACUCGAAGAUUACUGCGUCAUAUUGAAAAGAACGUAGAAUUCAACGCAACUUUAAGACCAGGAAUACAAAACGGUAUUUUAGUUGUUAUAAAAACAUUAGGUGAGAUAGUUCCUCAAAUUGAAAGUGUACACAGAGCACUAUCAUAUAUUAGUGGUGGACCUUUACAAAUUGGGAAAUUAGUAACUGGUAUUGAUUACGUACAUGUGAGGCCUGCAGCAGCAGCAUAUUAUGCACAUUUGAGAUUGUUAGGAUUAGUAACAUUGUUGCAUGCAUUUAUUUCAAGUGGAAAAUGUUUGUAUGAUGCUAAGAAGAACAUGGAACAGUUAUCAAACUUUGCUAAUGAGGUAGAUAGUAACAAGACUUGUGUCGCAUGUUUGGAAGAGAUAUUUCAACCAUGCGUUUUGCAUUGCGGUCACCUGUUUUGUAUGCAGUGUUGCUAUGGUCCUUUAGAAAGUUGUCCGUUGUGCCGCACACCUUUUACAAAGAAUACAGUUGUACCACUUAUGAAUUUUUACCCUGGAGAACUAUAGUGUAUUAUAAUAAUAAAUCUAACUAAUAUUAUAAAUGCGAAAGUUUGUAUGGAUGGAUUGAUGUUUUUUUUGCCUCUCAAGAAUGGUUUUACAGAUCUCUGUGAUAUUAUAUUUAAAAAAUCUAGUAAUAAGUGUAACUUAAUUGGUAGCCUACAUAGGCUACAAAUUUAGUUUUUUUUUUAACAUAGCCUGUUCUACAUCCAUGCCCGAUUUCAGUGAGAUCCAUGCAGCCAUUCUAGAUAUACCUUCUAAGCUUCUAACAAACGUCCAUCC